UGCAUGACUUCAUUUUCAUUCGGAUUUGAUCGACUACCUAUCAUUCGGAUUUGAGAAACUAAUACGGUCCAAAGAAAGAGCCGGUUCAAUGGUCGCAACCUUACCUAUUACUGCUGUAAAGUUUUUAUUUCAUUCGUAGUUUCAUCGUGAGUUCUUUAGUUCAUUUAAAACUUAUUGAAAAAUGGCUACAAAAGUCUCGAAACAGAAAACAAAAUCCAUAGAAGAACCAGAAAUGAUUAUCAAAAAGGUUGAAGUAGUAAAGCGAAGUAAUGCACUGACUAACAAAAAUAUGAUUUUCUCCAAAGAAGCGAUUGGGUCUCCUAAAGUUACAUUGACGAAUGUACACAGCAAGAAAGUGACGCCAGUGAAGAGGCUCUCGACUGUAGACCACCAUAAGGAGUACAGGCUGAGGAUGCCCGUCAGUUACAAUGGCAGCAAAAUGUUCAUGCCCACUGGUGAACAACUGUUCUGGCUCGGCGAGACCCGUCCAUCAAACUCUGGUCCGGCUACGUACCAGGACUUCAAGGAGAUCAGGGCUCGUUGCUACUCCGAGGGCAGACUGUUCGAGGACCCGGAGUUCCCAGCCAAUGACUGCAGUUUCAAGAAGAAACUGGAUGGACCAAUCACUUGGCUGCGACCUAAGGAGAUCUGCGAUGACCCGCAACUGUUCGUGGAGGGCUACAGCCGGUUCGACGUCCAACAGGGAGAACUCGGCGACUGCUGGCUGCUCGCUGCCGUCGCCAACCUCACGCUGCAUAGGAAAUUGUUCUUCCAAGUGGUGCCAGAUGACCAGAGCUUCGACGAGGAGUACGCUGGAGUCUUCCAUUUCCGUUUCUGGCAGUACGGUCGUUGGGUGGACGUGGUGAUAGACGACCGGCUCCCCACUUACAGCGGCAAACUCGUCUGCCUUCACUCCUCGGAGCAGAGCGAGUUCUGGAGUGCCCUGCUGGAGAAGGCAUAUGCUAAAUUGCACGGUUCCUACGAAGCUCUGAAGGAAGGUUCGUCAUGCGAUGCUAUGGAGGACUUCACCGGAGGAGUGACGGAGGUGUACGAUAUAACGAAGUUGCCUCCCAACUUCUACACCAUAUUGCUUAAAGCGUACGAGAGGAACUCGCUCUGCGGAUGCAGUAUUAAUCCAGACCCCAACAUCUUGGAAGCGGAGACCCCAGUCGGCCUCAUCCGGGGUCACGCAUACUCUAUAACCAAGGUGAAGUACGUAGACAUUGAGACCCUCGGCCGCAACGAGAAGAUACCACUACUGCGGAUACGGAACCCAUGGGGAAAUGAAACCGAGUGGAAUGGACCCUGGAGCGAUAAGUCACCAGAAUGGCGAUCCAUUCCGAAGUCUGAGAAGGAAGAGAUGGGACUCACAUUCGAUGCUGAUGGAGAGUUCUGGAUGUCUUUCAAGGACUUCGUCACCCAUUUCUCGAGCGUGGAGAUCUGUCACCUGAACCCUGACUCCUUGGACCCCGAGGAAUGUCCCGAGGGUUGCACCAAGAAGUGGGAGAUGUCCGUCUUCGAGGGAGAGUGGGUUAGAGGCGUGACGGCGGGAGGCUGCUGGCGGAACCUGGAGACGUUCUCCAAGAACCCUCAGUACACCGUCACACUGCAGGACGUCGACGAGGAGGACGAGGAGGACAAGUGCACUAUAAUCGUGACUCUGAUGCAGAAGAACCGUCGUUCCCAAGGGUUGCAGAACCUGUAUAUAGGGUUCGCCGUGUACCGCCUGCCAAACCACGGCGACGUGCCUAAACCGCUCAAUGUCAACUUCUUCAAGCACAACCGCUCCGUCGCACGCCAGCAAUUCAUUGAUCAGCGUCAAGUUAGCGCUAGGUUCAAGUUGGACCCGGGCAGCUACGUGAUAAUACCAUGCAGCUUGAACCCUGAUGAGGAAGGAGAAUUCCUGCUUCGAGUCUUCUCCGAGAAGUCUAACAACAUGGCAUACGUUCAAGGGGAGGACACAAUCUCCGUCGAAAAAUGACUAAAUCGCUCAGCCUCCGCAAAAGACGUUGAAAAUAUGCUUACUAUGCUUAUAUACUUAAAAAAUAAGGUCUAUAAUCAAACACGGUAGUGUUUAGUUUUGUGCGAUUAAUUAAGAAAGCUUAAAAAUCUAUUUAGUCCGUCAACUAUAGGACAAGUAUUGGGUUUGAAAAAAAUUCUUUUUAAUUUUUUUAAAUGUAAGUACCUAGAUGAUUUAAAAUAUCACGUGACGACAUGACGCGAUAUUUCAAAUCGAUAUACCUUCGAAAGUAUUUGUUUCUGUAAGAAAAUAAAAAAUACGUGUUUAAUAUACCUAUUAGAAUAAUCUACAAGACGGAAAUAAAAAUAAAAAUCAGGAAUCUACCCUAUUAUACAUAUUAUGUUGGAAUGUAAACAUAAUACAUGUUGCAUGCAUUUCUUUAUUUUAUAAGGAUUAGAAAUAAAAACAUUUAUUCGUA